AUGGGGAAAAAGAAAUCGAAAGGGGAAUUGUUGUAUGAGCAAGCGAGCUAUAACGAGUUUCAAAAACAAGUGAGCUAUGAUAACUCUGAAAGCAUUCGAGCUCUUCAUCGCCAAGGAGCAGACCUCGAGUGGAUGGAUAGAAAAGGCAGAACGCCUUUGAUCAUGGCAUGCAGGUUUCAUGAGCUUUAUUAUGUCGCCAAGACUUUGAUCGAGUUAGGCGCCAAUGUUAAUGCUUAUUGUCCAGCUCGCCAUGCAGGGGCUCCUCUGCACCAUGCUGCUAAAAGAGAUCUUUUCCCAACUGUUGAGUUGCUUCUUUCACAUGGUACAAAUCCACUUGUUCUCAAUGAUGAUGGUCAAACACCACUUGAGGUCGCUAGAGACAAAGGGUUUACUAUUGUCAACCACAUCUGCUUGUUCUCUGGUUGGAUGCGUGAGUUUUACGGCCCUGCCUAUCUUGAUUCUCAGAAUCAGUUUCCUUCAAAAAGAGUAUGGGUAGUCGUCGUACCAACUAGAUCAAGAAAUCCUGCCCAGCCUUUGAAGUUGGAGGUGGUUGUAUAUGAUUGUUCACUGCCUACUGCCAAGCCACGGACAGUGAUGCCGUUGUGGAAAGCAAACUUGGAGGAACCAAUAACGGACCAGUCUGAUAUCUCAGUGAUGAUCAUUGUCAACGAAUCCACAAUCCUAAGCCGCUGGAGACAAAGACUAAAACGUAGGAAUGAAGUUUAUACGCAAACACAUCUUAGACUUGCCCCCUCCACUAAAGGGGACGAACAACAGCUUAAGUGGUUCUGUGAUGCAUGUAAAGGAAUUCCACAGCCUCGUCGAGUCUUUCUCCAAACAGCACCGUCUGCGCAUCAUGCUAUGAGUGAGACACCGAAUGCCAUUCACCAUUCCGUUGGUGAAGAAAGUUCCUCAACUGCACCACCUCCUCCUCCUCCUUCCUCAGGAAAAGCAAGCACAUCGGUUCUCAAUAGCCAGGAAAGUGUUAUUCUACAUGAACAUUCACCAUCAGCUCCUCCAUUGACAGAUGAUCACAUAGAAACCUUAGAGGAUGGUCCCGUUCAUUACCCAACUAUCGACUCAACACCUGUCGAUGUCCCAUCUUCUUCUCCUCUACCAGCUUCAGCAGAGGGUGAAAAGAAAGAAGACGGGAGCUCUGGACAGUGUUCUAUAUGUCUCGACGCUCCAUCUGACGUGGUUUGUGUCCCGUGUGGACAUCUCGCAGGAUGCAUGUCUUGCUUGAUUGAGAUCAAAUCCAACAACGGGAGAUGUCCUGUCUGUCGCGCCAAGAUUGAUCAGAUCAUUAAACUGUACCGUGUCUGA